AUANGUCCGGAAAUGGUCCUCGGACAGGAUGUUAAUGUCGUUUACAAAGAUGAUGCUGAAGGGGUUCUAGAAGAGCAGAAAAUUUCUGAGAACAUCACAAAUGAAGACAUAGAAGUUAUUCUGUCGGAAGUUACACAAGAUGAAGAAAUUCAGAGUGAUUCUGAAAAAGUUUCCAAUGAGAACAAAAGGAAAGAUAUCUAUACAUCUGAUAAAACAGAUGAUGAUGAAGGUAUAGAAUCAGAUAUCUUUCUGCUAGAGAAAGAAAUAGAAGAAAAGAAGGUGCCAGUAUUCGUUAGUGUUGGAAGACAUAAUCUGAUGGAGAGAGACAUAUUAACGUCCAGUAUCUUGGAUUCUUUGGAUUUGAGAGUUUUAGAAUCUGUCAAGAAAACUGGUGAGCAAACUCUAUGUCUUAAAUUUAACAUGUUGAGGAAGAGUAGAAGAGAGAGGAUAUAUCAUGCGGAAAAUGAAGAAAUUGCUGACGAACUCUUUAAAAUAUUGAAACGUCAUGUCGAUGAAUGUAAUUUGAAAAAUAUAGUGGAGAAUGCUCUAAUGUGUCUGAAAUGUGAAGCGCGUUUCUCUAGGAACCAAGCUUCUCAACAGAUUGUUAGAAACGAAUCAUCCGACAAUUUACCUUCUAGUUACGAUUCUUCAAAAGGAAGUCUAAAGCAGAUUGACUGCUGUCCAAAUUGCGGUAGUUUGAUGAUAUUUAAGGACAGUAAUUGUCCCGUCGAUAAAAUUCAGAAUUUCAAAGAUUCCAACUAUCUACUGAAAUCUGAAGAUUCCCAGCAAGAAUCAAAUUCUAGCAACCGAAAAUCAUUAUUUUCGUCUUUGAGAAUUUCACCCAAGUUGAGUAGGAAAGAAGUGCCAUCCGCUUCUAAAAAGAAAGGUAAAAAAGUUCGAAGCAGUUCCUUUGAUUAUUCAAAUGCUGGUGGAGAUCUGCCACAAGAACAUCAACAGAUAUUGGUCGGAUCGUACGACAAUGCAGAUAACGUGUCCACAAAAUCCAACAAUAGCAGAGAUGUCUUGCCGGAUGAUUCCUAUCGGACUGAUACUUUUGUUAAAAUGAAACAAUUAAUGGAAUAA